AUGGCAGAGGCAAAUUCUGUAAAAGUCGAAUUUGUGGACUACAAAACAAAGAAACUAUGGGUUGAAAAGAUGUCCAACUACAAAUGCGUGAUGUUAUUUCCAAGGCGGUUACAUAUCUCUAAUCUGGUUCCUCCUUACUGGGCCUGGAAUUGUUAUAAAGAGACAAGUGACAACGUGGAGGUUGCCAAACUAAGGACUGUAUGCUGGCUAGAUGUGAGAGGCCACAUAAAGAUGUCUGAGCUCUCAUGCGGCGUUGUUUAUGAGAUUGCGUACAUAGUCAAAUUAACAAACGGGGCAUCUGGAUGGGAGCUACCCAUCACACUCAAACUCAGGUACCCCGAUGGCAGAGAACAAAUUCGCCAACAAAGUUUACUCGAGAAGCCGAGAGGAGAGUGGAUGGAGCUCAGUGGUGGCACUUUUCUGACCAACCAAGAAGAAACCGGAGAGUUCUGGUUUGAUCUCUGUGAACAUGGUGGACACUGGAAAACUGGGCUUAUCAUCAAAGGUAUUAUUGCCAAGCCGAAAUAG